GAGGCUUCCGAGGUUCGGCCUUCUAUUUAUACCCCGUCCUCUUAAUUCGGAGAGCCACCCACAGCUGCCAGUCCGUGACCACAUUUGGAUCGAGUGGCAGCAGAAGGAACUGAACCGAGCGGAGGGAGGAACACGGAGCUCUGUGCGAGGAACCCACUGAGCAGCGACUGAUGGACAAACUGAAACGCUUUCAGGUCUGAUGGAAGCUGGAUUUAACAACUGUCUCCUGUGUUUUAACAUAACUGAGAAGCAGAGGACAACCACCUCGUUUGCCCUUCAGCCCCACAUGCCCUGCGAUUGUCUGAAGAGCCGAUAAAUAUCUGAAUCCUUCAGAGAGACAUGGAUGCAGCUGAGAAUCCAGUUCUGGAGGCCAGAGCUGAGCGGAUCGCCCGCUACAAAGCCGAGAGGAGGCGAGAAUUGGCUGAACGCUAUGGCAGCAUCAAGGAGCUUCCCUCCAAAUGGGUGAGGAGAGACGGGAAAGAGGUGAUCCAAACCCCCGUAGGGCAGAUGAACUCGGAUGACCUCGGUGAAAGAGUAAACGGCCGAACACAAGAGGUUAUAAAUGGAGCUGACGAUCCAGUGGAGAACAACUCGCUGAGAAGCAUUGACACUGGGCGGUCCACAUCUUCUCUGGACCUGGCUGUGAAGCCAGCCUCUGAAGGAGGAAGAAGGCGCACCCGGCGUUACCAUCCCGGUGGAUCUAAUGGUGGACGUAAGACCAGCGAGCGCUUCAGGACGCAACCCAUCACAGCCAAUGAGGUGGAGGAGAGCAGCGGACUCAUGGACGGAGAGGGAGAUGAGAAUAAAAAAGCCAACGUGAAAACAGACGACAGAGCCAAAAUGAGCGUGGCAGCCAAGAUGUCUUUAUUUAAAGAGCUGGAGAAGUCGGCUGCCCCUGAAGCCUCAGCCCUCCUGAAGCCUCGAUCAGCCGGCUUUGUCCAUGAACGUAGAACACACCGCAGCAACGACCACCGCUUCCUCACUCAGCCCAUCACCAAUGAAGAAAAGGUGGCAAUCAGCGCUGCAACACCAGCCAGUGAUUUGGUGGUGGAUGAUGACGAUGAGAGCUGCAAGAUGAGCAUGAGAGAGAAGCUGGCUCUCUUCAACAAACUGUCUCUGCCUGGGAGACAGGGGGCCGUCCCCCCUGAUGGGCCCCCAGAGAGACGAAGGCAAAAGGGGGCUCGGUAUCGUACGCAGCCCAUCACGGUGGAGGAGGUCAGUCUGCUCGAGAAAUGUCCGGUUCAGCUCCCUGCCUUCAGUUUGGCCCCUCGUCUGUCCAACAGACAGCAGGACUCAUCUGUUAACCUUAAACCCAGUGAGCUGCGUCUUUCACAGGUAAAACCUGAUGCUGAACCCAGACCUGCAGAGCCCCAUAUAGCCCACCAGGGCCCACCGUGUCACAACUCUGAGCUGGGCUUGAAAGGAAUCCUGAAGAAGAGCCGCUCUGCUGGAUUGGACCGGAGUGGGAUGGAGGAUGAUCUAAAGGAUGCAGCCCACAGCCAAGAGCAGGUCGCUGGAGGAGCAGAGAUGUUUGGGAGAACUGAAGAAACUGAAGCCAUGAAAGUUUCUGCCUCGUCUCGGAAGGAGAGACGUGGGGAGGGAAAAUUUGCUGCUCCAUGGAGGCAGAGAGCUCGAAACAGGAGGGAAACCAUCGCCUGCACUCCAGUAAGACCUUCACCAGAACAGGAAACUCUCCAGGAAGAGAAGAAACUUCAGACCGUGCUGCAGGAACAGAAGGUCUCCCCUGCAGGGAACCACGUUGAUGUGGCGGGAAGAGUUGCAAAAUGCCACGAAGAAGAGCAGGAGAGUCUGAGGAAGAUCGAUGAAGAACACGGAACUAAAAGAAAAGUUCUGGUCACACCAUCAGUUUGCACAAAUAAACUAGAAGAAACGACAGAUUCAGGGGAGACUAAGGAAGAGUCAGAAACCCUUCACCUCGACAGUGUCAGCCCUCAGUGCUGGGAACCAGUUUUUGCGUCUGUAUUUUCUAUCAGUACGCCCCAAUUUAUCAUGUGUUUCAACCAGACCAACCUGUCCUUUGAGGCUCAGGAAGUCUCCUCCCCCACAGAGAGUCCCACCAGGCCUCAGUGGAGACAGAAACAUAAAGGAGACGAGCUUGAGAUGGACGAAGCCGAGAAGAAAAUGCAGCAAGAAAAUGGAGAACAGGAAGGUGGAGGUGGUGCAAAGAGGAGAUCGUCUGAAUCAGACGGUGAGGACAUUUCCAGUAAGAAGACAAACGGCACUGAUCCAGCGUGCAUGUUUGAAGCUCUGCAGAGCACUUCGAACUCGGAAGCUGCUCAGGAGGAGAUGCCUGCCUGCGAGUCCAACAGGUCCGGUGGAGGUUUUCCCUGUGAACAGUUACCACCUCCUGCCUGCGGUCCUACGUCCUGCGGAGGUGUCGCUGCCUCGGACAGCGAGCAGGACCUGGGAGUCGUCUGCCAGAGCAGCACACAUAUACUCAGCUCAGCUGUGGCAGAGCACCGGCGAUCGGUGCGUCCGUCCCGCCGGACUCAAGGCUCUAGAAACCCACUGAGAGCUCUAGCAGCCAGAGAGGACAUCAUGCAGGACUACAUGGGGGACAGAGUCAACACACCUGCAGAGGAUAGGGGACAAACAGAGAAAAAGUGUAAGAACUCCUCCUCACCAGUUUCACGUCCGGUCACGUCUCAGCACGUCGUCUCCUCUGUAGAAUCCGAUACAGCGGAGUCUUUCGCUCCGUUCAGCAGCCUGAUGCUCAUUCACAUCAAAGGUAGGCGGCAUGUCCAGGUGCGGCUGGUGGAGCCUUCGGUCCGCUCUCUGAACAGCGGAGACAGCUUCCUGCUGGUUACACCGGAGCACUGCAUCCUGUGGAGUGGGGAAUUUUCCAACGAACAGGAGAGAUCCAAGGCCUUUGAGCUGGCAUCAUUCAUCCAGAGUCAGAGAGACCUGGGCUGUUCGGCUUCUGCAGUUGUUCACCUGGACGAGGAGCUGAGCUCUGACAGCAGCGCAGCAGCAGACUUCUGGAGUCUCCUGGGAGGAAGGAAACCAUACAGAGGAGCCGGCGCUCCAGAGGAGGACGAGUUGUUUGAACAGGGAGUGGUGGAGUCUAACUGUGUGUACAGGCUGGUGGAGAACAGGCUGGUUCCCCACGAGGAGGGCUGGGCCUCCAUCCCCAGAGCCUCCCUGCUGAGCUCUGCUGAGGUUCUGGUGUUUGAUUUUGGCAGCGAGGUGUAUCUGUGGCACGGACGCGAUGUUUCUCCCAAGAAGAAGAGCGUUGCCUUCCAGCUGACUAAGCAAGUUUGGGUCGGAGUGUACGACUACAGCAACUGUCGGGUCAACCCACUCGAUGCCACUCAAAGUAACCCCAGCAUUCAGCUGACAGGAGAAGGCCGUCCCAGCUGGGCUCUGCUCGGUGUCGUCUCGGAGCACAACGAGACGGUUCUGUUCAGGCAGAAGUUUCUGGACUGGAUGUGUAGAAACGCAGCUGCAGACGAAGUGGUUUCAGAGAGGGAAGAGAUGCAGGUGAUGUCUUCAUCACCGCAGCCAGAAUCUCCACCUUUAGUCCUCCUGAGCCCCUGUGAUGCUAAGUCUCUAGUGUCCGGUGAGUCUAUAGAAUCAGACGGUUCUGUCAGCUCUGUGCUGGCAGGGGUCAACGUCCAGAGAGGUCAUGGUGUUCUCAUGUUGGACGACGGACAUCAGAUGGAGAUGAAGACGGUGGCUGUGGACACAUGGCACGUCCAGGAGUUUGACGACAGUGAAAUACCCGUAGAGAGCAGUGGGCAGCUUCAUGAAGGAGACUCCUACGUGAUCCGCUGGACUUUCAGCAUCAGCGCUGUUGAUGAUAAAACGAUCCUUGAAGAGUGUGAGAACUCUCCUGGAUCAAAGGAGAACACCGCCUUCUUCCUGUGGCGAGGCCGACACUCCAACGCCAGCGGACAGGACACUGCAGCUUUCCUCUCAAUCGGCACGAACGCCAGUGAAAAGUCUCAGGUGGUGGUGCCUCAGGGCGAAGAACCUCCAUGUUUCCUGCAGCUUUUCCGGGGAGGUCUAGUCAUACACAGGGGCAAGAGAGAGGAAGCCUCCACUUGUGCAGAAUGGCGUCUUUUCUGUGUGCGAGGAGAGCUCCCAGAGGAGGGUCUGCUGAUGGAGGUGGACUGCUGCUGUGCAAGUCUGAGGUCAAGGGGCUCUGUCGUUCUGCUAAACAGCCAACAGGGGGCGCUGUAUCUAUGGAAUGGUUGUAAAGCUCACAGCAGUGUCAGAGAAGUCGGCAAGAGGGCAGUGGAGCGUCUGACUGAGAUGUGUCCUCCAGAGCUGGGUUUGAACAAAACCAGUCCUGUGAAGAUGCAUUUAGUGGAAGAAGGUUCAGAACCUGCAGAGUUCUGGACGGCUCUGGGACAGAUGGACAGGAAGGCGUAUGACUGCAUGCUACAAGAUCCAGGAAAGUAUAACUUCACUCCUCGUCUUUUCCAUCUGAGUUCCUCCUCCAGUAGAUUUGAGGCCAAAGAGCUUCAGAGUCCGACGCGGCUGCCGGGACUGGUGAUGGCGUUGCCCUUUCUCCAGGAGAGCCUUUACUCUGUACCACAACCAGCCUUGUUCCUGCUCGACAACCGGUUAGAGGUGUACCUGUGGCAGAGGUGUCAGCCCGAGCAAACUGAGAGCUCCGCCUCAGCCCGGAGCCUCUGGCACAGCGAGAGAAGGUGUGCCAUGCAGACGGCGCUGCAGUUCUGCAAAGAGAUGAACCCCAGAAGGCCUCCACAGGCCUACCUCAUCUUUGAGGGAUCAGAACCUCUGACCUUCACUAAUGUUUUCCCUCGCUGGGAGAACCUCGGACCUCUCACUCGGAGUGAUUCAGGCCAAGUGAAGCUGACUUUGGUGCAAGAUGCCUUGGCACAGCUGAUGAAGCCCCAGUACCCUCUGGAGGAGCUGCUGCGGAGCCCCUUACCUGAGGGAGUGGACCCCCAGCACCUGGAGGUCUACCUGUCUGACCAGGACUUCCAGACUGUUCUGGAAAUUAAGAGAGAUGAAUAUGCCUCCCUCCCAAGUUGGAAGCAAACGGAUCUGAAGAAGAGCAAAGGGCUGCUGUGUUAGGAAUGCAAAACGACUGGAAGCCCCUUGACGGUUUAAAAUCUGGAACUUCUGCCUUUACAAUGCAGGGAUAGCGCCGGGUUAUUGCACAAAAGACUGCUCGCUAUGUAAUGGAGAGAGGAAAAACACUUUAUUUAUGUCAAGGUGGUGUGUGACUUUGUCACAGGGUUUCUCUGUAGCAACUGUUUGGCUCCUAUGAGACACGGCUGUACAACAUUGAUAAACUGUUUGUUAAAAACGAAGAAAAAAAAGAGUGAUUUAAAAUAAAAAAUGUUUAUCAAAGAA